AAUUUCAACAAAAAUCAAUAAAAAAAAUCAAUCUUAAAAAAAAAAUAAUAAAACAUCAAUCAGAAUAAAUAAAAAAUAUAAUAAAUUAAAAAAAACAAAAAAUAAUUUUCACUCUCCAUUCGUAUAACGCGUUUUCAACUCUUUACUUAAUUUCCGCCGUUUAUAUAAAAACCAAUUCAAAAUGUCUAUACUGCAGCAUUCGGAAGGCGAUUAUACCACAUAUGUGUCAGUGCGUCCUAACAGUUUAGAUACACGUGGUAAAAUGCCGUAUCAAGUUAAUGAAAAUCAGACUGCCGAAUUCACAUUGGAGACAUUCAUCAAUAAUCUACAAUUGGAUCUAUACCGUUUGAUGAAUGAGGAGGCAAAGGAUGAGUAUUUGGAGAAAUAUGAUGCUUUGGAUAUGUUUACUGCGGUGCAAGAGAUAAAUCGCGAAUUGGCUAUAGUUAAAUUGGAGAAUCAUUUUCUCAUCGAUUUCCUCGAACGCAACGAUCCGAAAAUGCUGAUUGGCCUCAAGACCAGACGUUUCACAGCAACCGCACAAAGGCGUACCACUACAACUAGUUCUGUGGGCAGUGCGCGUUUAUCGAAUGCGACACCGAGGCGUUCAAUUAGUUCGCGACCCUCCGAAACUGUUUCCAUGUACAAUACGAGUCAAUCGAAUUACACGGGCGCUUCGAAGAAAGGACCCGCCGGUAUGCAUAGUGGGCAAAUGGAGUAUAGACUAAAUUACAAGUCGAAAUGCGAUAUGGCAGAGAAAGCAACAACGGAAGUCGAAAAACGUGUAAAUGAAAUUGAGACCAAAGCAAUGCAGGCGAUUAAGCUGCUGAAUGCUAGAAUUGAGGAGCUGCAAUUUCGGUAUGAUGAAACCGACGAAACGAUGAAGAACUUCCAAUUGCACUUUCUAAAGGACGAACGUGACAUUACUUUCCUGGAGACGGCUGGAGAGAAACAAAUUGAGCGUAAAUUCAAAAAGUUCGUCAACAAUUGGUUGAAAAAUGCACGCGCUCUGCUCAGCACUAUGCGUCUACGCAACACAGCACUGCAUGAGAAUUGCGCGCAACUGCGUAGCGAUCUCAUAACAAAGUCCGAUUUAAGCGGCAUCUUGAGUGCCGUUGACUUUGAGCAAUUGAUGAUUAAACGCAAUGAGCUGCUAAACUCGUUGGACGAGAAGAAUGCGCACAUGGCUGGUUUGAAGAGCGUCACCGGCAAGGCAUCGCUCGCCAUGUCGGAGGAAAAGCAAAUUAUGAUGAAUAUUGAGGAGGAAUCGAAAUCAAUUGCUAAUAAGACGGUGGAUGUGAUUAAGAACGUGUCACAGUUGGAACGUGAAGCUAAAACUGUCGAGGAGGAAAAUAAGAAGGAAUUGAAGAUAUUGCAGUCACUCAAAGAACAGCUGGAGCGUUAUCAGGCGCCGAGUGUAAAUCAGUAUGUUGAAAAGAAGGAUGAGUUAUUGAUGUUGGAGAAGGAGGAGAAAAUGUUGCAACGCAAAAUUUACAUAUUAAAUAUGAAGCUCAAUAAUGUUUACAAGCGUUGCGCGAAAAAGUAGUGACACAGUGUUGGCUUACUACGACGGAUAAUUAUAUAAUUUUUUAUAUUUUUUACUCUUACGUGUAUAAAACUAAUUAAAUAUGUGUGUGUAUACACUUACCCGAA